AUGUCGCCUCUCGACCAGGAAGAGCAGCAAUACCUGCAGGACGUAGAAGCCGUCAAGAAGUGGUGGACUGACUCUAGAUGGCGAUAUACCAAACGACCCUACACAGCCGAGCAGAUUGUGCAGAAGCGAGGCACCAUCAAGAUCCAAUACCCCAGCAAUGACCAAGCCAAAAAGCUGUGGAAGAUUAUUGAGCAUCGCUUUGCGACCAAGACCGCCUCCGCCACCUAUGGCUGUCUGGAGCCAACCAUGCUGACCCAGAUGAACAAGUACCUGGACACCGUCUAUGUCUCGGGCUGGCAAUCCUCAUCCACCGCUUCCUCCACCGACGAGCCUUCUCCCGAUCUGGCCGAUUACCCCAUGAACACCGUUCCCAACAAGGUCCAGCACCUGUUCAUGGCCCAGCUGUUCCACGACCGCAAGCAACGAGAAGAGCGUCUUACCACACCCAAAGACAAGCGAGGCUCGGUAGCCAACGUGGAUUAUCUGCGGCCCAUCAUUGCCGAUGCAGACACCGGCCAUGGAGGUCUCACGGCCGUCAUGAAGCUCACCAAGCUGUUUGUCGAAAAAGGCGCCGCGGGCAUACACAUCGAGGACCAAGCUCCAGGCACCAAGAAAUGCGGCCACAUGGCUGGCAAAGUGCUCGUCCCCAUCUCCGAGCACAUCAAUCGUCUCGUGGCCAUCCGCGCCCAGGCCGACAUUAUGGGCGUCGACUUGCUCGCCGUGGCUCGUACCGACUCCGAGGCUGCCACCUUGAUCACCACGACAAUUGACUACCGUGACCACCCCUUCAUCCUGGGAUCUACAAACGCCAAUCUUCAGCCACUCAACGAUCUCAUGGUCGCAGCCGAACAAGCCGGCAGGAACGGGGAUGAGCUCCAAGCGAUCGAAGACAGUUGGAUCGCUCAGGCUGGCAUCAAGUCGUUUGACGAGGCCGUAAUCGACUCCAUCAACGCGGGUGUCCACGUGGAAAAGGCAGCUCUCAUCGAGAAAUACAAGGCCGCCUCCAAGGGCAAAUCCAACAGCGAAUGCCGCGCCAUUGCCAAGGGCUUGACCGGUGUGGAUAUCUACUGGAACUGGGACUCCCCCCGGACAAGGGAAGGGUUCUAUAGGUAUCAAGGUGGAUGCCAAUGCGCGGUGAACAGGGCGAUUGCCUAUGCGCCGUAUGCGGAUAUGAUUUGGAUGGAAAGCAAGUUGCCGGAUUAUGCCCAGGCCAAGGAGUUCGCCGAGGGCGUGCACGCCGUGUGGCCGGAGCAGAAGCUCGCAUACAACCUCUCUCCGUCCUUCAACUGGAAACGCGCCAUGUCCUCCUCGGACCAAGAGACAUACAUCCAGCGCCUUGCCGAACUGGGUUAUUGCUGGCAAUUCAUCACCCUAGCCGGCCUGCACUCGACCGCCCUCAUCUCCGACACCUUCGCCAAGGCCUUCGCCAAGCGCGGUAUGCGCGCCUACGGCGAGCUCAUCCAGGAGCCCGAAAUGGAGAACAAGGUCGACGUGGUGACACACCAGAAGUGGAGCGGCGCCAACUACGUCGACAACAUGCUCAAGAUGGUCACCGGCGGAGUCAGUAGUACUAGUGCCAUGGGCAAGGGCGUGACAGAGACGCAGUUCCAUUGA